AUGUCCCAGCUCAGGAAAGUCAUUGACAUAGCACAAGCGUGUGAGCCGGACUUCUACUCAAUCAGCGCUAUCCCCACCGUUGCAAUCAAAGCAUGCCAACAGGAAGCGCAAACGCCCUACUGCUGGCCACCCAACGGCAGCAGAAUCUGCUAUCUCAAUCACAGAGUCGACUUGUACUGGCCACCAGGCUACUACAAGGAUAACCACACCUCUCAUCUUUCCAUUCUGGCCAACAACGUCAUCAUAACCCGCGGGAACCGCGCCGGCUCAGGAAAGACGACUGACCUCGACCUGGGGUAUAGCACUGCAACGGGGAACGCCAACGAGCGCAGCAUCAACAUCACCAUCAUAGAGCACCGCCGGUUUAACGACUCGUACCUCGACUAUGUCCACUACCAGGGCCCAAUACUCAUCCUCGUCAACGGCAGCCCCUCUCCAUCGACAAUGCCCGCAACACCCACCGCAUGGCCAAACACAAGCCCAGCCGCCUCGUCCAGCGGCACCCCCGACAAGCCCGCCCUGAAAUCCGGCCAAAUCGUCAGCAUAAGCGUCGGUGGCGCCAUCGGGCUGAUCGUCCUCGCAGCGCUGCUGUACAGCUGGUGUGCGCAAUGCUGCCUCGCGCUCUGCUCCCCGGGAAAAGCGGAGACCAAGCGCGUCAGAGCUGCAGAGCGCAGACGCAUCCGCGACGAGUGCGCGCACGCUCAACUAGAUGUCGAUGCUACCAGGGCUGCGGUCGCGAGAGGCGAGGUCUGGCAUGCUCCCGUUCGACCCGGUGGCACGUGGGUGUCGGGGUCGGACUGGCCUGCAGCUCCACCUACGGAGAGGCCAGUGCAGGGAGGGUCGCGGGGCGACGAUGAGAUUGGAGCUGUGGCUGGGGGGGAGGGGUGGAUGGAGGAGCAGAGACGCGAGCUGCAGAGGAUUGAGGAGCAGAGUGUUGAGUUGCAGAGGAUUGAGGAGCAGAGGGGCGAGUUGCAGAGGAUUGAAGAGCUGAGGCGGGAGGAGCUGAGGGUCAUUGAGCGGAGGGAGGAGAUUGCGAGAGUCGAGGGGGGUGAGCUACCGGCAUACGAGGCGCCACCGCCGAAAUACACGCCGUGA